CAUUCUAAACCUUUUAUAUCAUUGUAUGAAUUUUCUUUUAUUUUGUUAUUUAUUUUUAUACCGUUAAUUGUUGCGCCAAAUGAAGCAUGAGUAAAACUUGACCCGACCCGGACAAUACAUGGGUCUCAUCUUAUCCAUAAACUCGGAUAUUGUCAUGAAAUCAGAAAUCUUCAUAUCCUGCCACACAUAUAACAGAUUCUCUCUCUCUCUCUCUCUCUCUCUCUCUCUCUCUCUCUCCAUUCUCUGGACAAUGAGACUUUACUGAAUUUCAAUCUCUCGGACCAAAUCAGGCAAUGAUUUCUGCAGAAUUCUCACCAACAUUCUUCCCCUUCAACGCUCACCCAAAACACACAACAACUACUCACCAUCAUUACUCUGUUAUAACCUGUAGAAACCCAAACUCAAACCCUAGUCCCAACAACAGUAGAAGCUCUUCUUCAAAUGUCAAACUUACUACCACUUCGAAGCCUGCCCAUUUCCAAUCCUACACUUACAAAGAGACACAUUUCAUGAAAUUGCUCAACAGGUCCUGCAAAGCAGGUAAAUACGACGAGUCACUCUACUUUCUAGAGCUCAUGGUCGGCAAAGGCUAUAAACCUGACGUUAUCCUCUGCACGAAGCUCAUUAAGGGCUUCUUCAACACAAAACGGGUCGAAAAAGCAGUGAAAGUGAUCCAGAUACUCGAAUCCCAUGGUGAACCAGACGUUUUCGCCUAUAAUGCAGUAAUCAGCGGGUUUUGUAAGCUGAAUCAAAUCGAUUCAGCCAACAGAGUGCUAGAUCGGAUGAGAAAUCAAGGGUUUUCACCGGACGUGGUUACUUACAAUAUUCUGAUCGGGAGUCUAUGUAGUAGAGGGAAACUUGGAUUUGCUAUGAAGAUGUUGGAUAAGCUACUGGAGGAUAACUGUAAACCUACGGUGAUUACUUACACAAUUUUGAUCGAGGCCACCAUUUUUGACGGUGGGAUUACUGAAGCGAUGAAGCUUCUUGAUGAAAUGCUGUCUAGAGGUCUUCAACCGGAUAUGUACACUUACAAUGCAAUCAUCAGAGGUCUAUGUAGAGAAGGAAUGAUGGAUGAAGCUUUUGAAUUCGUUAGAAGUUUACCAUCAAAAGGAUGCAAACCAGAUGUCAUCUCCUACAACAUUCUACUACGAGCAUUGUUGAAUCAAGGGAAAUGGGGUGACGCAGAGAGAUUAAUGGAAGAAAUGUUCUCAAGAAACUGUGAGUUAAAUGCUGUUACUUAUAGCAUUUUAAUAACCUCUUUAUGUCGGGAUGGCAAGGUAGAUGAAGCUAUGAAUAUGUUAAAGAUCAUGGUAGAAACUGGGCUUACUCCCGAUGCUUUCACUUUUGACCCUUUGAUUUCUGCUUUUUGUAAAGAAGGCAGACUUGAUGUAGCAAUUAGUUUUCUAGAUUACAUGAUAUCAACUGGAAGUUGGCCGGAUAUAGUAAAUUACAACACAGUGUUAUCAGCUUUGUGUAAAAAUGGAAAUGCAGAUGAAGCCAUGCAGAUUUUUGAAAGAUUAGGGGAAACAGGGUGUCCACCUGAUGUAAGCACUUAUAACACAAUGAUAAGUGCUUUAUGGAACAAUAAAGAAAGAGAGAAAGCUUUGAGUAUGGUUUCUGAUAUGAUUAUGAAAGGAAUCAACCCUGAUGAGAUCACAUACAAUGCUCUUAUAUCAUGUUUGUGUAGAGAUGGAAUGGUGGAUGAGGCGAUUGGGUUGUUGGAAAGUAUGAAAAGUAAUGGAUUUAUGCCAAGUGUUAUAACGUAUAAUAUCAUACUUCUUGGAUUGUGUAAAGCUCAUAGAAUGGAUGAUGCUAUUCAUGUGUUGGAAGAAAUGGUGGAAACGGGUUGUCAACCAAAUCAGACAUCUUACAUUUUGUUGGUGGAAGGGGUCGGGUUUUCAGGCAGAAGGGCAGAGGCUAUUGACUUGGGUCAUUCUCUUUUCCAAAUGAAAGUAAUUUCACAAGAAUCAUUUACAAGGUUGAAAAAGACUUUCCCAUUUCUGGAUUCUGAAAACAGAUAUAGCUAAAUGGUCUACAAAGUUGUAGAAACAGAAGAAACAGAAGAUGUAUGAUGAAUUGAGGCUGUCGAUGGAAGAUUUGAGUUUUCAGUGAAGGGAAGGGAAGGUGUGUAGUUGUUAUCGCCGCCGGUGAUUUUGCGUCUGCUUCUGGGGGUGUGGAGGAGCGAAAUGCGAAGGGAAAGGGUUUUGGUAGGAUGUGCAAGCAAAAAGCUCUGUUUUGGCGAUAAUCACUAUGGUCUAGGGCUUAACAGAGCCGGCAAUUACAUAAUAUUACAGUUACUACCCUAUACUUUUACAACCAUUACACAAUGCCGCCUUUUAAAUCGAGUUGUUCACAUCACUUAUUCUAAGUUCGGGAUAAUAAUUUAUGACUCAAUAAUACCUUGAUCCAUAAAGUAUCUACGAGUACAACAUGCCUUUGAUCUCA